AUGCAGUCCCCUUGCUGCUGCCUGCUCUCCCUCCUCCUCUACCUCGUCCUCCUCUCUGGGACAUGGGCAGACCUGGAGGGGACCUUCACUCUCCGGCUGCUCCAGACCACCACCUUCCAGAACACCUCGUUUGUGGAGACGGAGGGGUUGGGCCUGCUGGAAGACAUCAAACUUGGUUAUCUUGAUAAACGCACAUGGUCCAUCCACAUUUGCCAGCCCUGGGUGCGCUCACCCCUGCCCCAAGCUGACUGGGACACCAUUGAGAACCUGCUUAAGGUCUAUUUGCUGCAGUUCAACCAUAUGAUCAAUAAAUGGGCCAUGCAAACAGACAUCCCCUACCCCUUUGUGGCUCAGACCAUGGGAGGCUGCAUACUGUACCCCAACAGAACCACAGAAGCCUUUGCCUACGUGGGUUACAAUGGUCAGGAUUUCCUCAUCUUUGACACAAAGAAUGCAACCUGGACAUUCUCCCAGGACACCACGUUUUCACGGUAUGUCCAGUCACUUUUUCACCAGAACAGCACCUUGGGCGAGCUGGUGGAAGUGAUCUUUGAUGAUACUUGUGUCGAUGAGAUGAAGAUGCUCCUACACUAUGGGAGGGAAAUUCUGGAGAGACAAGAGCUGCCUGUGGCCACGGUCUUUGCCCGCACCCCCAGCCUAGGCCAGCUGCUGCUCGUUUGCCACAUCACUGGCUUCUACCCGCGUCCCAUCAGCGUGGCCUGGCUGCGGGAUGGCCAGGAGGUGCCUCCGGGGCCGGCGCUCAACACCAGCCCCAUCCUGCCCAACGCUGACCUCACCUACCAGCUCCGCAGCGUCCUGGCCGUGGCCCCCCGGGACGGGCACAGCUACAUCUGCCGUGUGCGCCACCACAGCCUGGGCACCCGCAGCCUCCUCAUCCCCUGGGGGAACUCCGAAGUGGUGCUGAUCACAGGGCUCGUGGCCGGGCUGCCUGCAGCCAUGGCCAUGGCUGCCGUGGUGGUGCUUUGGGUGUGGAGACAAAGAAAGCACCAGCCAAUGGAGGAAUUACAGUCCAGGAACUCCAUCCUGAGCAAAGGAGCUUAG